UCUCCGGGUUUGGGCCUCUGUGUACAGGCUUUGUAAGCAUAAAGAGUUAGCUGAGAACUGCUCAAUACCAGUAUUUCUUGUACCUUCCUGUUUAGAUGCGACUUGCAUUUUAGAAUAUACUGCAUUUUCCUCAUGGCUUCCCCUGCAGUUCUCCAGUACAGGUUGUGUUUUUAUCAACACAUAAUGAGGACAUGUUCUACAGCCAAAGAACACCAACCAACGCACCUGAGUUAUGCACGAAGGAAACAUAGUUGGUGUGUCAUUCAACAAGAACGAAAAGCCAUAUCUUCAAAUGCUAUGCAUUGCUGGAGACGUUUUUUCAAUGGCCAGUCUCGAGGAAUAUUUGGGAAAAGUGGUGGUAGCUCCAAACAGCAAACUCUUGAGGACAUUGCAAAAGGCAUCAAAGAACAUGAAUACAAGAGGGUCGUGGUGAUGGCAGGAGCAGGGAUCAGCACACCCAGUGGCAUUCCAGAUUUCAGAUCUCCUGGCAGUGGUCUUUAUGACAACCUUCAGCAGUACAACCUACCUUAUGCAGAGGCUAUUUUCGAAAUCAACUACUUCCACCACAACCCGAAGCCCUUCUUUGCUCUAGCCAAAGAGUUGUACCCAGGAAACUAUCGACCCAACCUAACCCACUAUUUUGUUCGUCUUCUUCACGACAAGGGGCAGUUAUUAAGGAUGUACACCCAGAACAUUGAUGGAUUAGAGCGAAUUGCAGGCGUUCCUGCCAACAUGCUGGUUGAGGCACAUGGAACAUUUGCCACUGCCACCUGCACUGUAUGCAGACGAGAUUAUAAAGGUGAAGAACUGUAUGCAGAUGUGAUGAAAGGAGCCAUCCCGAAGUGCCCCACCUGCAAGGGUGUGAUCAAGCCUGAUAUUGUGUUCUUUGGGGAAGAGCUCCCCCAGAACUUCUUCAUGUACCUCAGAGACUUCCCUAUGGCUGAUUUGCUUAUCAUUAUGGGUACUUCCCUGGAGGUGGAGCCAUUUGCCAGUCUGGCAGGUGCAGUGCGGGGCUCAGUGCCACGCCUGUUGGUCAAUCGGGACCUGGUGGGUCCCUUUGCGUGGGGAUCCCCACGGCCCAAUGAUGUGACGGAACUUGGAGAUGUGGUUAGUGGGGUAUCAAAGCUGGCGGAUGCUGUGGGCUGGACAGAAGAGCUGAAAGCCCUCAUUGCUGCUGAGACGAAAAAGGAGAAUGAAGAAUGAGAUGCUGGAUGUUUCCUUUUCUGCUAACCAGUAGGCACCAGCCUAAACUCAGGAUCCAAUCACAUGGUCUGUUUCACUGUAAUAUGCACACUACGGCACAUCUGGGGAUAGUGUACACUUAUCCUCUUCUUUACUCUUCUUUUUAUCUGUCUAUAUUGAGGUGGAAUACACUGGGAUGAUAUGAAGGCUCUCCCUAGCUACUGUAAUAACUAAUCUAAAUCUUUCUCAAGGAUCAAGCAUGCUAGCUCAUGGCACUCUUCCAUGCACAUAUUUUGGAAUGUUGGUUUGUGAUUUAAGAAGCUUUGAAAGUAUUUAUGAACACACUUAUGAGCUAGUGAGCUAUGUGAGCAUGUUCUAGUAAGUCACUAUGAGGACUGUGAGGUGCAACUCCCUUUAAACAGUCAUUUUAUCGCUGAAAGUAAAUGAAGGAAGAUGCUUUCAUUGUGGGUUGGAGUAGCCUACUUAGAGACUGUGCUGAUCAUCUCACUACAAUGAGAUCUAUUUCUUUAAUGUAUGUUGAAUUUCCUACAUAAUUUAAGGUGCUAUAGGUUUUUUUUUUUUUUUAAACUCAUUUCAAAAGGGUGCAAGAUGCUCUUCAUUAAGACACAUUUCCCCCUUCAAUCUUCUCUCUGUGUCCAGUGGCUAAUUUCUUUUGCACAAAUAUGGUGCUGCACCAAAGCAUUACUGGAGGUAUGUUUGGGUGAUGAAGCCUCUUGCCUUGUCGUCGUUAUGCCCUGAAAAAAGUGUGAUGCAAUGUCUUGGCAGGCUUUGCUAUAUUAGAGUUUACUUCAUCACACAUUUUUAAACAUUGUAAUACUGGAGGAUGGCGGACAUUCCAGGCUUGCCAAACAAAUAAAAACUCAUAUCUAUUUUGGUCGUGUGUUUAUGUAGUUUGUAGUGCAGGAAAUGUGGAGAAGUUUGAGCACUCGUUUAGGAUAAAUAGUUCUGCUUGGUCAUGAAGCCAAAAUGCACGGCAUAAGCUGACCCUUGUAGCGGUAGGACCUUGUGCUUCUCAUGUCCACAGGGAGGAGCCGGAGAAUAUCACCGUGGAGACGAUGCACUCCAUUUCUCACAUAUUCCACCAAGCAAGGUGAAACUCAAACGUGUAAUUUGCAGAGGUGAUACAUGAUGACACGUGUAACACACUGGAUUGACCCACAGCCUAUCUCGUAGAGUACAUGAGGCUUUUAUCCAGCAUGUAUACUAUUCAUCUGAAUACAAAAGGUGUUCCAGUGAUUCUAAGGCAGGGUGAGGUGACCAGUUACAUGUUUUAUACUGUAUGUUAUGUUGAGAUAAGAGAAGUCAGUUACAGUUCACCCAAGGUCAGAAAAAGCAUUUCAAGGACAUGGGGCAUAGCCAGCAGUGAAAUUAAACUUAAAUUGGUACAUGUAACUCUUAGCAAAUCUUUUUAGAAAUACAAUGAAGACAUCUUUAUUAUAAACAAAUGUUUUAAAUGCAGCUUUACAGCACAUCCAUGUCGUUUAACACUGUUGUCUUCAUCACAGCCCAUUAAUUUUGUUGAACAACGCUGAUAACUCCUCUGUCAGUCAUCAUACAAAGCUCAACCCACGUUGGAUAAGCAUUCCUACCUUUUUGGUGAUCGGAAAUUGGCAUGAAUGGGAAGGUCUUUAGACGGACCUGCAGAGCCAAUUCAAAUGUGCUGGUUCAUUUGGGUUCACCCAGGCUACGUACAUCAAUUUAAUUAUCUGGGCAGAAAGAGACAGAUGCUUUUAUCUAUUCUAGACAGAAUGAGAGAGGUGAAUUUAUAAACAGCUUUUCCCUCAUUCUGGUCUUUAUUUUACGUGGACUUGUGGCUGAAACUGAAAUAGCAUACAGUCUCUAGUCUACAGGACAUUGCGUGGGAUGCAGAAGCACUGACCUCCACUUGAUUAACC